ACGCCACGCGCGCUGACGCGCACCGAUACAGCCUUCACCCGCACCUCGCUUCCUUGGAUCACUCGCGAGUCGCGAGCCGCGCAGUCUCCUCCAUCUAUUUCUCUCUCUCGCUCCAGCGAGGAAACAUUGUGUUGCGAUGGAUGCGGCGGGGAUGGCAGGUGCGCCCAUGGCGUCGCCCCCGCCGUACGACAACCCGACGGCUGGGUUCCCCAUCGCGAUCGUGAUCGCCAUCGGGUUCAUGGUCACCUCGCUCAUCCUCGCCAGCUACUACUUCCUCGUCGUCCGCUGCUGGCUCCGUGGCACGGGCGGCGGAGGCGCCGCCGGGGCCGGGCUGCUGCACCGCUCGCGCCGCGAGAGCGCGGCGGAGCGCGUCGCCGCGGUGUUCUUCACCGACUACGAGGCCGAGGUUGGAGGCGGGCUCGACCCGGACGUCGUGGCGGCGCUCCCCGUCGUCAAGUACCGCCGCGCCGCCUCCGGGAAGUCGGCGUCGCCGCAGGAGUGCGCCGUGUGCCUGUCGGAGUUCGUCCGGGACGAGCGGCUCAAGCUGCUGCCGAGCUGCUCCCACGCGUUCCACAUCGACUGCAUCGACACGUGGCUCCACCACAACGUCAGCUGCCCGCUCUGCCGCACGGUGGUCACCGGCGGCGCGAUCGGCCUCCUCGUCCGCGACGACCAGUAUGACGCGUCCAGCCGGGAACUGGCCGCCGGCGAGAGGCGCAUCGACGCCGCCGCGAGGAUGGGCCACGGGAUCAGCUCGUGCAGGUUCCCCAAGACCGGGGCCGAGCAGGAGCCGAUCCGGCGAUCCUUCUCCAUGGAUUGCUUCCUAGGCGAUCUCGGCCGGAAGCCACCGCCGCCGCCGCCGAAGGAUCCCGCAGGCUCGGAGGCCGGGCCGAGCCACCCCGACGCGGCCGGUAGCAGCAGUAUCGUCGGCACCGCCGGCGCCGGCGAGACCAGCGGCCGGUUUCGGCGGUUGCUGUCGUCGUUCGGGCUCGGCCGGAGCUCGCGGAGCACGGUGUUGCCCAUCCACCUCGACCCAUGAACCACCUCGGGUUCGUGCAACCUAAUUAACUCGCUCUUACCGCUUAAUUAAUUGAGAGUUACUAGCCAUUUGUGCCACUUGUGUGCGUGCAAUGUGUACAGCAGAUAGCAGAAUUGGGGUUGGAAUUUUGCCGUUCCAUUGAUUACUUCUUGGCUCCUUGCAUCUCAAGUGUUCCCGCCCGGACAUGUCAAUCUUUCGUACGUGAUCGAUCGAUAUUAAUUAGUUGGUACAUCAGAAUAGUUUUUCCUUUUUCUUUUCGGAUCAGACGUCAAUGAAACUGUAUAAGAUUGCCAUGCAUUAACCAUGCGUGAAAUCGCAGCAUUGCUUUU